AUGGCUUCUGAAACCGUUCUCUACAACUUCUCCUCCACCUCAAACAGCCAACACCAACAGCCAAGCCCUAACAACAACAACUCUGUGGUCCCCUCACCCACAACUGGUGGGUCCCAAUCUAAGCUGACCCACCCUCGCAAAUCAACUACCUCUCAAUCCAAAGACCGCCACACCAAAGUCCAUGGCCGUGGCAGGCGGGUUCGGAUGCCCGCUUUAACAGCGGCCCGUAUCUUCCAGCUCACCCGUGAGCUCGGCCACCGCUCCGAUGGCGAGACCAUCGAGUGGCUCCUUCGCCACGCUGAGGCAUCCAUCAUCGCUUCCACCGGAACCGGCACUAUCCCCUCCAUCCCCAUCUCCACCACCGUCGGGUCCACCCCGAUUUCCUCCUCUUCUCCUUCUCCUUCUGCUUCCUGCAAGGUCCACCCCGUCAACUGUAUAGGGCCCGAGAUGUUCUCUCUGUUGACGGCACCCAGCAGCCGGCUUGACUUGGAUUACAGGCACAUGCCGUUUACUGCUUUGUUGCUGCAGCCGAUGGCGGCGACUGUGGCAGUGGAUGCGGAGGAGGGUCGUCAGCAGGAGUUAACUGGGGAGCAUAAGAUGUAG